CCUCCGUCACGUGCCGCGGGAAGGGCCCGCUGCCGCUUCAAAAUGGCGGCGCGCAGAGCGCGGCCCAGUGCUGCCGGGGCGGGGGGAGGAGGGGGGGGUGGCUGUUGUUGAAGCUUUAUUGUUCCCGCUGCCGCCCCGCGCCGUGUCCGCCGCGCCGCGCCCAAUAAAGGUAACCAUGGCAACGGCUCCGCGAGGCCUUCGCGGCCCGGUGCCGGCGACGCGGGCUCCGCCGAGGCCGCUGCGAGCUGGUUCUUGUGAAAACAGUGUGGACCCCGGAGCAAGAAGAGGCCAACAGACUGUAGGAGCCAUGGAGCUUCCCAGUUACAGCAAGCAGUUGCUGCAGCAGCUGUACGCUCUCUGCAAAGAGCAGCAGUUUUGCGAUUGCACCAUCUUCAUUGGGACCGUGCAUUUUAGAGCGCACAAGGUUGUUCUGGCUGCUGCCAGUCUGCUUUUUAAAUCCUUGUUGGAUAGCACAGACACUAUCUCCAUAGAUGCUUCUGUGGUGACCCCGGAGGAGUUUGCGCUCUUGCUGGAGAUGAUGUACACUGGUAAACUCCCAUUGGGGAAACACAACUUCACCAAAGUCAUCUCUGUGGCAGAUAGUCUGCAGAUGUUUGAUGUGGCUGUUAGUUGCAAAAACCUCCUCAGAGACCUCAUCAGUUGUUCAGCUCAGGAUCAGGUAGUGAGAGAUGUCUCCAGCCAGGCAGCAGACCCAUCUGCAAACAAUGUUGAAGCUAAUAAUCCUCCCCAAUCUGAGAAACCUCCUUCUGAAGUAAAAACAGAUACCCUGCUCCCUCAGAAAGCUUCCUCUUCUCCUGGCCCCACAGAAGCAGAAAUGGAAGCAGAUGUUUCUGGCCAGGAACUCACUGUGAAUCACACUUUGGUUCAUCAGGAUGUAAUGCCAAGUGACUCCAAAUCCUUCAGGGAAGAGUCAAGCUCUCAUUCAGAUCACCAUUCCCAUGCAGAGCGGGAUGGCUGUGUGGAAGAGGAGGUUGCUGAGCCCCUGGAGAAGAGAGGAAGAAUUGGUGAUUUAGCAGCAGAGAGCAAAAGCUGUAAACUGGAUUUCUUUCUUCAGUACGAAAGUGUUUUCUCUGAGGCCCUUUCUGAUGUCCAAACUGUGCUGAAAAGACUAGAAGAGUACCGAGAAAUUGAUGCCCCUCAAAGGGAGGCACUGGUGGCCUGUUUGGAAGAGAUGGAAGAAGAGUCUGUUUUCAAGAAACUGCUAGGCAAAGUGAAGGACGAGCAGAGCCUGGAUGCUCAAACCCUUGUGUCUUUCUUGAAGCUGUUUCAAGACACGAAUCCCAGGCUAAAAGCAGUGCUCUUGGAGAGGGACCUGGAUGGUGGAGAAGCCCCGCAGCAAACAGAGAGCACAGAAGAGGGAAAGACCCUGGCUGCUCUUUUACUGGAUUGCAGGGAAGAGCUUAUCCAGAGCGUGACACAGCUGAGCCCCAUCGUAGAGUUCCUGGAAACAGCAGAAGAGGGAUUCCUGACUGCCUCGGAGAAGCGGGUAGUUCUGGAUUGCUGUGAAGGCAGCUCUCACAGGGAAGCCAUGGAGAAUUUGCUCAAGAAGGUGGAUGAAGAGAAAACCCUGAAAGCUGAAAGUUUGAUCAAACUCCUUGGGGCUGUGAAAGGAUCAUUUCCUGGUCUCCACCUUCUGCUAGACAACUUGGUGGCAACAGCAGCUGUCUCUGAUGGCAAAGCCACAUGGAGCCCGGAGGAUUAUGGGGGCAAACUGUUGAGACAAUAUCGAGAAAACUUUGCGGAGCUUCUCACAGAUACCCAGACACUGCUGCAAGGGAUCUCUGCUGCACAGAACCUAGCACCUGGUGAGAGAGAGGUAAUGGAACAGAUUGUGAAGCGCGAGACUGGCUCAGGUGGUUUCGUCUCGCUGGUGUCUGCAGCGCUUGACGAACAGUCUCUGUCAGUGUCUGCCAUUUGGCAGCUGCUCUUGGCUGUGCGAGAGGCCGAAUUUCCACUGAACGUGCUCAUGGAGGAGAUCCAGAAAGAACCGGGCGCAGACUUUUUCUUCCAAGCAGUGGCCACCAGUGAAAGCACAGCCAUUGAGAUCAUACUGCGUCACAGCAAGCUGAUCUCGGAGGCCAUCAAGCAGCGAGCAGACCUGGAAGGCUUGGCUCCAGGGGAAGCGGGACUGACAGAAGCAGUAAAAGAGCUGCUAAGUAUUUCUGCUCAAAAAGAGAGCUCAGAGGCCUCCUUGAAAGCAGCUCUGAGUACAGCACAAGAGAAGUCCGUCCCAGCCAUCAAGAUCUGUCAGCUGCUAUGCAAUGUUCAUGAGUCUUUCCCAGACCUACAGCCAGUGAUGCAGGAGCUAGGGCAUGUGGGGCUCCUGACUGAGGGAAGCGGGGAGAAACCUGGGAUCAGGAAGUGGAAGGUGAACAGUGAAUCCCAAGUGGAAGCUCUGGACAAAGAGGAGGACAAGGCGGGAGGUGCCGGGGCCAAGGAGGCGAAGGAACCCCGAGAGAAAGCCGCUUCCAAGAAGAGUUUUGUCUGCAAAGCCUGUGAUAAGAGCUUCCACUUUUACUGCCGCCUAAAGGUGCACAUGAAACGUUGUCGGGUGGCCAGAGGAAAGCAAAUCCAGUGUAAGGAGUGCAAUGAGGUCAAAACAACAAAGAAGGAACUAGAGAAGCAUCAGCUGGAAGCCCAUGGGGCAGUGGGGACAGCCAAGAAGAAGAAGAAGCGGCUCCCUGUGACGUGUGACAUCUGUGGCCGAGAGUUUGCUCAUGCCUCAGGAAUGCAGUACCACAAGCUGACGGAGCACUUUGACGAGAAGCCUUUCUCCUGUGAAGAGUGCGGGGCCAAGUUUGCAGCCAACUCCACGCUGAAGAACCACCUGCGGCUCCACACCGGGGACCGUCCCUUCAUGUGCAAGCACUGUCUCAUGACCUUCAUGCAAGCCUCGGCCCUAGCCUACCACACCAAGAAGAAGCACUCUGAGGGGAAGAUGUACGCCUGUCAGUACUGCGACGCCGUGUUCGCCCAGUCCAUCGAGCUGUCACGCCAUGUCCGAACGCACACGGGGGACAAGCCGUACGUCUGCAGGGAGUGUGGAAAAGGCUUUCGCCAGGCCAAUGGGCUCUCCAUCCACCUCCGAACCUUUCACAAUAUCGAAGAUCCCUAUGACUGCAAGAAGUGUCGGAUGAGCUUUGCCACGCUGCAGGAGCACCGCAAGCACGUCCACGAAGCCCAUUCCCGGGAGUACCACCCCUGCCCGACCUGUGCUAAAGUCUUCAGUGCCCCAUCACUCCUGGAGCGUCACAUGGUGACCCAUGUUGGAGGAAAGCCCUUUAGCUGUGAGAUCUGUGACAAAGCUUACCAGCAGUUGUCAGGGUUAUGGUAUCACAACCGGACCCACCAUCCUGAUGUCUUUGCAGCUCAGAAUCACCGCUCCUCCAAGUUCUCCUCCCUGCAAUGCAGCUCCUGUGACAAAACCUUCUCUAGCACUACUGCUCACCGAAAACAUGUCAAGGAAGAGCACACAGAUGUGAAGUUCCACGAGUGUGAGACGUGCAAGGAGCUCUUCCCCACGGUGGCACUCCUGCAGGUCCACGUGAAGUGCAGGCACUCAGGCUCUCAGCCAUUUCGCUGCUUGUACUGCUCAGCCUCCUUCCCCUUCCCAGGGGCCCUGCAGCAGCAUGUCACUGCGGAGCACUUCAAGCAGACGGAGAGCACCUUCACCUGCGGGCUCUGCGGGGAGCUCUUCACCUCUCAGACUGAGCUGGAGGGUCACUACAGUGCCGAGCAUCCCAAGGUGGUUUUCACGGAAGCCCAAGCCACCACAGCCCAGAUCGUGCAGGUGAUUCAGACGUCAGAGCAAGGAGCAGCAGAGCACAUCAUCUCCUUCGACGAGGCCCAACUUGCUGGCUCCCAAGUCUUUGUGACGUUGCCUGAUUCACAAGUAAGCCAAGCUGGCUCGGAGCUGGUGGCAGUGACUAUGGAAGACUUGCUUGAUGACAAGGUCACUCUAAUUUGUGAAGAAACCAAAUGAGUGAGGAGUAGGCGCCCAUGCAUGGCCUCAGGAAUCCGUUGGACUGGUACAGGAUCCAUGCCUGGCCAUGCUGCUUUGGCAGUGAGAUUCAGGGUUUCCUUGGAAAAGCAAUCCCAGAUGUGUGACACUGGCAAAAGAAGUGAUAUGCAGCAAACAGCAUGGCCAAGGACGAAGGGUUUGUAAGCAUUCACAUGGGCCUGGAAAAUCUUCCUUCCCCUGCAGUCAGCAGCUGCUGGCUCUGGUGAGCUGGACCACUCAGCCCUCCCAGCUCAGGAAAAAUAAAGGAGGAGGAAAGACAGAAGAUGAAGUGUGUUGUUGCGUGGCACUGCUGCCGUGAGCAGAGUGGAAGGGGAGGAAACUAAUGCAAAGUUGGGGUGGUGUGGGGUGAGCAGACAAAAUAGCCUUUGAAACCAAAGAAAAUGUUGUCCUGAGAGUUUGGGGUGAAUGAGGGGGGUAGAGAUUUUUAUGGCUGAACCAACAAUGUUCUCCUGGGUAUCUGCUACUCUGCAGUUUGUCAGGACUGCUUUGUUGCUCCUCUUGCUCUCCCUUGUACUGCAGUGCUGCUUGUUGGUCCAGCUAGAAAAGUCUCCCUGAGCAGAGCCAUCAUUUGGACCUGUACUGAAGCAGAGACUUUUUGGGAGUUGUGUUAAAUGGCUCUGCCAGCCUUACAAAAGGAAACAGCAAGGUUUAGCAGAGGCAUAGCAAUGAGGUGGUGGGCUGCUGGCAUCUAUAAACCAGGCAGGUAGAACCAAUCCUUGUUUGUGGUGACAGGAUAUUGAAUCAUCUCUUCUGGCAGAUGUAUGCUGGCUGUCUUGGGUGUUCAGGAAAAUGCCUGCUAUGCCAUCCUUCUGUCAGGAUUGAUACAAGCUCUACUUUAGUCUCUUUUGCCUCCCAUCUGUGCUGUACCCAGAUCAGUGAUCGGAAGUUUAAUCAAGUUGCCAAUUAUCGACCAGCCCCUUGCGUGCGCAGCUGCCUGUUACCUGUCUCCUGGGAAGCCUGGCAAUACAUUGUGAAGCGCGGGUUUGAUACCAUCAGCGUUUGUGCUGUGGCUGUUGGCAUGACUGUCUGUUGAGGAGAAGGGUCAGAGCCAAGGCUGGACAACCAUGUCCUCUUUGUGAGCAGACAACAGCUCUGAGACCUCCUGGCCCUUCAUCUGGUUCACCUAGAUGCUGAAGCUCCUGCAUCUGAGGAGAAACGGCUAUUUCUGCAUGCCAGGGUCCCUCGUUACUCGUGUGUUUAAUACUGUUAUCGACGGAUUGGCACUAAUGAAGGUAUUUCUGUCUGCGCACAUAAUGACUGCCAUGAUUGCAUGUAGCCAUUCGCUAUGACAAACAAUACAUUGCUUUGUAAAGCACAUUCAGAUA